CAACACUCAUAUAUAAACCCAAUCACCCACACACACACCUCCACAAAGAUUCACAAACAAACAGAGAUUACUUUCUCUCUCUACAAAUCGCCAUGAAAGACCCCUUUCUCUCUCGUCGCCGGCGACCCAACCACCCCAAGAAACUCAAGCUCGUCUGCAGCUUCAACGGCACAUUCCUUCCCCGACCUCCCUCCGGCAACCUCCGCUACACCGGCGGCGAGACCCGGAUCGUCUCGGUGGACCGAAACAUCGGCUUUUCAAGGCUCCGAUCGAAGAUUUCGGAUCUUAGCAAUGGCCUCCUCUCGUUCUCUCUCAAAUACCAACUCCCAAUCAACGACGAUGAAGCCCAUCUUGUGUUGAUCACUUCGGACGACGACGUUCGGUGCAUGAUCGAUGAGUUUGACAAGCUCGAAUCGCUCGGUAAGCCCUCUAGGCUCUGGAUUUUUGUUUGUAAUAAUGACAAUGGCUGUGUUUAUAGACAUGAAAACUGUGUUGAAACUGAGAAUUUGAAUGAUGGGUCUGGGGUUUCUUGUAUAAAUUGUAAUGUGUUUGGUGGUUUGAAGAGUGUGAGUGAUCGUUUUGUGAAUGGUGAUGGGUUUGAGAGUCGAAAUUUGACAAUGCAGAGUACUGGUAAAGUUGAGAAUGGUGUUUGGUGUCAAUGUAGUGAUGAUUCAUUGAGAAAAAUGGUUCUGAAACCAGGGUUGUUACCGAAGGAAUCGGCUUUUCGUGGCGGUUUAGGGUUAGAUUUUGAUCAAACUGAGAUAGAAUUUGCAAGUGGAAACCAAAAAUUUAAUCAACCCUUCAAAGACUUAACCUCUGAACCACAAGGUCCUUUGAUCUAUGAAACCAGAGACUUGAUAUUUGUGAACAACCCAUAUUGGGCAAACACUUUAGAUUAUGAAUUUAAGGACGGUCAGUUUCAAAGAAGUGAAAGUUUGGGUAUCAAUUCCUUGCCAGUGUCUCAUUCUCAUCCCUUGAAUCCAAGGGAUGGGAAUCUUUGUGUCGAAACGAAUAGCUUUAGGCAGCGUUUAACAAAUAGGCCUGGUCUGAUUUCAAGUAACAGAUCUCCAAAUGGUGUUGGAGGUUUAAAUAUGGAUUUGAUACCAUGCUCUGGUGCUGAGCUGAGAAAUUUGGAUAGGGAAAACAUCACGCCGCGGUCUGGAAACUGUGAUUGGGUGAAUACCAGUUUUGCGCCACUUUCUUGCAGCAAUCAAUUGGUUGCAAGCGUCUACCCAACCAAGUCUUCGUAUUGCGGUAGGGUGUGGGGUGGUUUUCAUAAUGGCAUUCGCAACCAUCGAUUUGCUGCAAAUGAUAUGAGAAACCAGAGGACUUGUUCUUACCACGUUCGUAACCAUCGGAUUGGGCUCACUGAGAUGGGGAGUCAUCGGAAUGUUAGAUUGGAAGGAAGGCCUUGGGUUGGAAAAUUCUACCCUAGGCUUAGGUCUAGUUCAUACAUCUCAAAACAAGGCCAGGUUAUGAGAUUUAACUGUCCUAGUUUGUGGAAGCCUUGGUGUGGUUAUCAUGAUCAUACCCCCGAAGAAAUUGGAAGGAUGAUGGAUUCUGGGCUGAAUGACCAAACAUACUCUUUCAAUCAACCUUAUAAAGAAAACUUCACUGAAAAGAGUGGUUAUGGAGUUCCACAACCACAAGCGCCAAAUCCUAAUCAAUGUUGUUUUGCUUACAAUGGAAUGGGUGGCCAAUCUUUGUUGCCAACUAAUAUUACCAAAAACCCAUUGACAAGCACGAGGGCUAUGGAUUCCUGGGAGGAUCUGUUAAAUGGUUCCAAUGGCGACAAAAAAGAAGUUCCAUCUCCAAAUCCUUGCAAAAAUUUACAUAGAGUUGCCAUGAGUAGCCAGCCAAGUUGUGAUUUCAAAAAUGAAUCACUGCUCGUGGAGCCAAUAGAGACUGACAACAUCUCUGGUUCUCCAAAAAAUUGGGGUUUUAGAAAUGGAACCGAAUUGGAAUGCAAUGGUAAGUCGUCGAAGAUAGAACCAAGUGUUAAGUCAUUAAGCAACCAUCAUAGUAGUGCUCGUGCUAUACAAGCGGGACUUGCAUCUUUGGUGGAUCUUUCUUUGUGUAAUCUUUGCUUGUCGUCAUCAAAAGAAGUUGAACCCCCAGCCCAUUCUUCUCCAACUUGCAAUGAUUCCAAAGCCUUGGUGAAGCCUCAAUCAAAUCCCCUAGAUCUCAUGGAUGAAGAAAACCUUAGCUCAGGUCCUCAAGUUGACACAUCAAAUGGAGUUGUGUCUGAAUCUUCUUCGCAAAAUGCAGCCAAAUUGGAAAAUGUCAAUGAACAAAAAGAAGAGAUGUGGAGGGACCAUCCAUCCAGUUUAAGCAAUGAAAAGGCUGACAAAGAAUCUCAUAAAUGCUCCAAGGAAAAUGGAAGCAUCCCUACUGACCUCAUAUUUUAUACUCAUCUAGCUAGCAGAGAGCUGCAGACUAUAGAAAAUUCUGACCUCGAAUAUAUUAAAGAAUUGGGCUCGGGUACAUAUGGAACUGUUUUCUAUGGAAAAUGGAAGGGGUGUGAUGUUGCCAUUAAAAAGUUAAAGCCCAGCUGCUUCACUGAUGGUGCACCGGAGCAUGAUCGAUUGGUUGCAGACUACUGGAAGGAAGCUCACAUACUAGGACAGCUUCACCAUCCACAUAUUGUGGCAUUCUAUGGUGUAGUUAUGGACGGGCCUGUUACAAAUUUGGCUACAGUGACAGAGUACAUGGUGAAUGGCUCCCUCAAACAAGUUUUGCAGAGAAAAGAUAGAACUAUCGAUCGACGGAAAAGGUUGAUUAUAGCAAUGGAUGCGGCCUUUGGUAUGGAAUAUCUGCAUGAGAAGAAUAUCGUCCAUUUUGAUCUGAAGUCUCAUAACUUCCUUGUGAACAUGAGGGAUCCUCAGCGACCAGUGUGCAAGAUUGGUGACUUAGGUUUAUCAAAAAUUAAGCAGAGGACACUGGUCUCUGGUGGAGUUCGUGGAACUAUACCAUGGAUGGCUCCAGAGCUACUGAACAGUAAGAAAAACAUGGUAACAGAGAAGGUUGAUGUGUACUCAUUUGGAAUAGUCAUGUGGGAGCUUUUGACAGGGGAAGAACCUUACGGAAAUAUGCGAUCAGAGGAAAUAAUAGCUGGUAUCAUCAAAGGCAAUCUUCGUCCUGAAAUUCCAAGCUGGUGUGACCCGGCAUGGAGAUUAUUGAUGGAGCGGUGUUGGUCAUCUGAUCCAGACUCUAGGCCAGCAUUCUCAGAAAUUGCAAAGGAAUUGCGUGCCAUGUCAGCAGCCGUGAACAUCAAGUGAUUGCAAUUUGGUUGUGUAAAUACUUUAGGAGCACAGAGAACGGGGCAUUCUGAGACGUUGACAGAUCUUGGCCGUCCAAUGUCUUGUCUGAUCUCAACAUUAAACCCCUUGUAUUAGGGAAAAGCCAAACCGGGUGAAUAUUUUAUUUUGGCAGUCACUGGUUUGUAAUAGCGCCACUGUAUAGGAUAUAGAACAAACUUUUGGUAUCAGGUUGUUUUUGAUUCUUGUCAUCGACUAACAGACAAGUCUUGAACAGCUUUUACCACAGACAAUGCUAAUUGACUUUUUUUUCACAGCA